UUAUGAAUCUCGGUCCACUGCUCCAGCCGGCUGCUGUGUGUACAGGGAAGAAGGACGAUGGUACCGGGGCCAUGGUGUUCUGGGACCUGUGGCCUGGCACUGAUGACUGCUGACCUCUGGAGGAAGCAGUGGCCACAAGGAUUCACCUCUUCCCCACAGGCACCCAGAAGAGCCCGGAAGAGAGCAGAAGGUACAGCCAGUUCCAAUGUCUUCUCGAUGUUCGACCAGUCCCAGAUUCAGGAGUUUAAAGAGGCCUUCACUAUCAUGGACCAGAACCGGGAUGGCUUCAUCGACAAGGAAGACCUGAGGGACACCUUCGCUGCACUGGGUCGCAUAAAUGUCAAGAACGAGGAGCUGGAAGCCAUGGUGAAGGAAGCUCCAGGGCCCAUCAACUUCACAGUCUUCCUGACCAUGUUUGGGGAGAAACUCAAGGGCACAGACCCGGAAGAAACCAUACUGCAUGCCUUCAAGGUGUUUGACACGGAAGGAAAAGGCUUUGUCAAGGCUGACUUCAUUAAGGAAAAGCUCAUGACCCAGGCUGACCGCUUCAGUGAGGAGGAGGUCAAGCAGAUGUUUGCAGCUUUCCCACCCGAUGUCUGUGGCAACUUAGACUACAGGAAUCUGUGCUAUGUCAUCACACACGGCGAGGAGAAGGACUAGAAGAUGCACCUCCUCCAUACCUGGAGUCAGCCAAGACUGGCUGGGUCGGGGGACCAGCGCACGGCUCCCGUUGCUAGCGUGUGCAGGGAAAACAGGCUCCAUCACCCCCGGAGCCCAGGGCUGAAGUGGGAAUAAAUAUCACAGAGAUGU